UUAGAGAGAGAGAGAGAGAGAGAGAGAAAGAGAGAGAGAGAGAGAAUAAGGCUGAGCACUAGCACCAGCAGCCUCGACACAUCAGUGUGCUCGACUCGCUCGCUGUGUCUCGGAGCUCCGGUACACGCGAUCCGACUCCGGCGCUAAGGUUUAAGGCGACUCGGAUCUCCGGAGGUCUUUGCCGUUAGGAGUCACGGUGCGCCUGCAAACCCGACUCUCCUCUUUCAUUUUUUUCUCCAGCUGUCUUGAAUGUUACACUGAAAAUGGCGAUCUGCGCUCAGUCCUCGAGUCUCUUCUGGCUCUUCUCCGUGCAAACGGUGUUGAUUUUCUGUGUGUCCUGGCCCGGAACGGAGACGCUCCGCUUCCCGCAGCACUACACGAUGAUGCACUGGGCGAGCUGCAUAGAGAAAGAACUGGACAAAGUUCUUCCACAGGUCACAGGAGUCCACCAGUUAAAAGCAAUUUACAACGAGAAGAGGAGUCAGUUUGAUGUGAAGAGGAACUCGCCCAAGGACCUGGUGGACAGAGUGGCCAAAGACAUCGCCAAGCUGCUCAAUGGCAAACGCAAAGCACUCGAGAGGCUGGCCAGAGAGGCGGAGCAGAUCCAGACAUUGCACCCCUGGAGGAACAACAUUACGGAGAGCGCAAUAGAGUACUACGACUCCAAGGCUGAUUCUGAUUACUCCGAUUACAACUAUGAAGAUAACCAGUCGGAUAAACUGAAGUCCAUUUCACUGGAGUUUGUGGAUGACCCCAAUUUCAAAAACAAAGUCAACUAUUCCUACACUGCUGUACAGAUCCCAACUGACAUCUACAAAGGCUCUCCCACCAUUCUGAACGAGUUGAACUGGACACAGGCGCUGGAGCGGGUGUUUAUAGAUAACAGCAGAGAGGACCCCUCACUGCGCUGGCAGGUCUUCGGAAGUGCCACGGGUGUUACCAGAUACUACCCAGCCACUCCAUGGAGAGCACCUAAUAAGAUUGACCUGUACGACGUGAGGAGACGGCCAUGGUACAUUCAGGGCGCCUCUUCUCCUAAAGAUAUGGUCAUCAUUGUGGAUGUGAGCGGCAGCGUAAGUGGACUGACUUUGAAGCUGAUGAAGACGUCUGUGAUUGAGAUGCUGGACACACUGUCUGAUGAUGAUUAUGUAAAUGUAGCACAGUUUAAUGAAAAGGCAGACCUCCUCGUCUCGUGCUUUAAGACGCUGGUCCAAGCGAACGUGAAAAACAAAAAGAUCUUCAAAGAGAAGGUGAUGCACAUGCAAGCGAAGGGGACGACAGACUACAAAUCUGGCUUCCAGUUUGCCUUCGAGCAGCUGCUAAACGAAACCAACGCUCCAAGGGCAAACUGCAAUAAGAUGAUAAUGAUGUUCACAGAUGGAGGAGAGGAUCGAGCUCAAGAGGUCUUCGAGAAGUACAACUGGCCCAAUAAAACUGUUCGAGUUUUCACCUUCUCUGUGGGGCAGCAUAACUAUGAUGUCACUCCAUUGCAGUGGAUUGCUUGUGCCAACAAAGGAUACUACUUCGAAAUCCCAUCCAUCGGCGCGAUCCGAAUCAACACACAGGAGUAUCUAGAUGUUCUGGGAAGGCCGAUGGUUUUAGCAGGCAACCGGGCUAAGCAAGUUCAGUGGACCAACGUGUACCAGGAUGCUCUGGGCUUGGGUUUGGUCAUUACUGGGACGAUGCCGGUCUUCAAUCUUACUACUGAUGGGGACUCAAAGAAUCAGCUUAUUCUGGGAGUCAUGGGUGUAGAUGUGGCACUUAGUGAAAUUAAGCAGCUCACGCCACGGUAUAAACUUGGCGCCAACGGUUACACCUUUGCCAUAGACCCCAAUGGCUAUGUUCUGCUGCACCCAAACCUACAACCUAAGAUCAUUAAUUUCAGAGAACCAGUUACACUUGACUUCCUGGAUGCAGAGCUGCCAGACAACAACAAGGAGGAGAUCCGCCGACAGAUGAUUGACGGCAAGUCAGGUCAGAGGAAAAUCAAGACAUUAGUUAAAUCUGUUGACAAGCGUUACAUUGACCAGGUUACAAGGACUUACACAUGGGCACCAGUUGAUGGCACAGACUACAGUCUGGGUUUGGUGCUUCCCACAUACAGCGAGAACCACAUCCGCGCCAACCUCAGUGAUCAGAUCCUGCAGGUCCAGUUAAAAGACACCACGGAUUUUGAAUCUCUGCUGCCACAAACUUUUGAGUCAGAGGGACAUGUGUUGAUAGCCCCAAGGGAAUACUGCAAAGAGCUGGAGCUUUCUAGCAACAACACAGAGUUCCUGCACACCUUCAUUGCUCUGAUGGAGAAAGUCACUCCAGAUUCCAAACAAUGUGACAACUUCCUGCUGCAUAACCUGAUCCUGGACACGGGCAUUAUCAGACAGUUGGUGGAGAAAGUGUGGAAAACGAAGGACCUCAACACGCAUGGAUUUUUGGCCGUUUUUGCAGCUACAGACGGAGGCAUCACUCGUAUUUUUCCCAAUAAAGCUGCUGAGACUUGGGAGGAGGAUCCAGAGCCAUUUAAUGCCAGUUAUUAUCGCCGCAGUCUGGACAACAAGGGCUACAUCUUUAGAGCACCCUAUCGUAGCCCAAAUGCAAUCUUCCAGGAUCAAGAGAAUGACACAGUUGGCAUCCUGGUCAGUACAGCAGUGGACAUUACAGUGGGGUCCAGAAACAUCAAGCCAGCUGUUGUGGGUGUAAAGUUGGACCUUGAAGUUUGGACUUCAAAGUUUAAGUUCCUUGCCAGCAAUCACACCGAUAACACUCGGCAGAGUUCUCAAAUGUGUGGACAAACCAGUGAUUGUGAGAUGGACUGUGAGGCUCAUGAGGACUUGCUGUGCUACCUGAUCGAUGACGGUGGCUUCCUCAUCUUGUCCAAUCAGAUUCAAGACUGGAACAAGAUCGGUAUGUUCUUCAGCGAGGUGGACCCGGCUCUGAUGUAUAUGCUCUACAACAACUCCUUCUAUACCUACACGGAGUCUUAUGAUUACCAGUCUGUGUGUGGACCUGUGCCUAACAGUAACACAGGAGCAGCACCUCGAGGAGUAUUCGUGCCCACCAUUGCAGACCUGGUAAACGUUGCCUGGUGGACCUCAGCAGCUGCAUGGUCUCUGUUUCAGCAGUUACUUUAUGGCUUUGCCUACCAUAGCUGGUUCCUUACAGAUGAAGCUGACGCAGGAGAUGGCAUGGACUUCAGAGAGACUAGCUGCGUCACAGUACAAAAGCAGUUCUACUUCGGGAACAUCAGCAGUAGCUACAGCAUAGUGCAAGACUGUGAGAACUGCUCCAGGUUGAUCCAUGCCAAGAGAUUAAACAACACCAACCUGCUGUUUGUGGUGGCUGAGAAGCUGCUCUGCAACACAUGCAAUUUUGAGAAACUGUCUCAGGGCGAGAAGGAAUUAAAACAAGACCCGUGUACGGACAACCAACCAGCUCGGUAUAGAAAAGGGCCCUCUACUUGUUUUGAUUACAACACUGCAGAGAAUACUACAGAUUGUGGGCGAGGACACGCCUUCCGCCCGUCCAUCCACACUUUACUCGUCCUCCAGCUCCUUCUCCUGGCACUAAUGGCCUGUCCCCAUGUUCUGCCUUUCUCUCUUUAACUCCCUCCACUGCCCAGCUCCUGCUCCUCGCCCUAAUUCUCAUAUUUCUCCUUUCCCUUCCCUUGCUCUAGUCAUAGGUAUUAAAGGGACUUCCUGAUGCCCCCAUAUGGAAGCCCGGCAUACUGCAUCAUCCACUUUGCUUCACAGGUUGCUGCUUAAAGACCGGCGCAGAACUUGUUAAUCAGCAGCUUUUCCGGCAGGAGCCCGAAGUUUCCUUGAGGGGGAAGCAGCUGAAGAAGUCAAAUAUGUUGAAACGCAAUCACUUAAGAAUUAUAAAGGCCACGGCAGGAGAAAAAACAUCCAUCUAGAACCGACUAAUGAAACAGAAGUAGUGUUGAAGAAAUUGGAAUCCCCCCAGUUCCCCAUGGUACAACCUGCCUUUACAGAUGUUUGUGUAGGAAAUGCAUUUUAUCAGACGCUCUUCUUUACAGUUUAAGCCAUCCUCCUCACUUCUCCUCUUCAUCCUUUGACUCGAAUUGCCUAAUUUGACAUGGGGCUAAAGAACUUUCUGCCAUUUUCUAGCAAUCAGUAAAAAAAAUAAAUAAAAAAUCAAAGAACUUGUGUUCGAUUAAACAAAAACAACAGUAAGAACCUGUGAGUAUUUAAAGCAUACCUGCAUAUGUUAGGAUAUAACCAGAGCAGAAAGGCGAUAGACGUAACUUCUUUUUUUUAAAAAAAUGAAUCAUUCAUCAUUUGUUUAUAUAUAUGCACUAGAUCUAAUUCUUGCCAAAAUGAGAUAGACUUGUGAUGUGGUCUUAUUUUUCUAGCCAAAUUAGGAGGAGGAGAAAAAAGGGGAUAAAUGCCUUGCAGAAAGAAAGCAAGACCUCGUGUAGAGAUCAGGCUCGGAUUUCAGUUCGUCUCUCCUUUUUUUUUUUUUUUUGCUGUUCUUUCAUUAGUCUUAAGGGCUUCAGUACGCAUUUCAUUCUGUUUGUCACGUCAGAAUACACAGAGAAGCUAAGAAAUGGUUUUAAUCAAAUGUGGAACUUGACCUUAAAUGUUGUGGUGAACGUCCAAUGUUUAGAAACGAGUGGGAAUUGCAGCUUGAUCUCUGCCAUCAUCAUCAGUUGUGCAUUCUGUGUAGUCUGUGUGUGUUUACAGGGUAGCCAUUUUACACCAAUGUUUUUACAACAGUCGCUGUUUCAGUCGACUGGUUUGACCUGGCUAACAAUCUGUUAGUGAACAUUAAAACAAUAAACAUAUUGUUUGCUUUUCAAGGUUAGUCUUAUCAUUUAGAGUGCACAUAAUUAUGGCUCGAGCUCGUAGUGGAGACUCAGACAUCAGUUUGUUUGUUUUUUUUUUUUAUUUGAUUUAUUGUGUAUCGAUAUAAUGAAAAUCUCGUAAACCCUAGUAAGGGCCCAUCUCCUCUAAUAUUGUUCUCUCUCUGUUGUGCCUUGAUGCACUUCUGUAUCUUUACAGAGUAGAUGCUCCACUUUAUAAAUGUAGGGAAUCUCCUCAUGCUGGCACGUAGAGUGAUUAUUGACUGUACAGCUCCAACAUGUACAACAUACAGAUCACCUCACACAGAGACCUCACUGACUUGUAAACAUAUGCAUUUAAACUAUUAGUAUAUUAAUUGCCAUAGUUUUCAGAUUAAACCUGACGUAGCCUGCUGUCCUAAUGGUGAGCUUCUGCCUGUGCAGGCAUUUUACUUUUACCCUAGCCUAAGUUCUUCAAGACCUUUAAAGGCAUCUUAUAUAUAAAAUGACAGUUUAUAAGUCUUAGUACAAGAAACGUAAAAUAUCUCUUGAUCUAUGAUGGUCUGGUUUUCAUUUCUUUAGAUGUUCCCAGAGGGGCAGCCAAUAUUAUUCUAGUGAACACUAACAAAACUGAUCACUGUUUAAUACACUGUGGAGUCCACUCUAUGUUUAGAAUUAAAUAGUUACGUAUCUCCCCCCCCCCCAUUCUUUUUAUUCAGCUAUGAAUAUUCAGUAUGUAGGGUGGGCAAAUUGGUGACUCUUCAUUGCCAGCAUCCUCUGGUCAGAGGUCAUAAAGCUCUUCGCAGUAUGUGUAUGUGUGUGUCUGGACCCGUGUACGUGUCGUCUGCUAACAAUGCACCCAGUUUAUCCAGGAUGUGUUUGAACAGGUGUCGGAAUGAAAAACCAGUGAUUUGAUUAUUAAAGCGUCUAAGGUGUAUUGCCAGUGAAAAAAAAAGAGCAAUCUGUUCCAUUUUCCGUAUGUGGUUGAGUCCAAGUCAGUUCUUAAAGCUUGGUCACAUUUACAUUUGUUUUGGGCUAUUUUGCUUUCUUCCCACCCAUCCCUUUAUGCAUUUGUCUGCCUCGAGUCACAAUAGCUGAAGAAAGCACGUGCUUGAUUAAAAGCAUACUCAUAACCCCCCCCCCCCCCAACCCCCGUGACUUCAUUCACAGUGCGUAAUGAGCGAUGUAAUUGACUGUUACAUGAACAGCAUAAACUCAUAAAAAAACAGAUAUUUUUUAAUUGGUUUGUAAUUGCUUCUUCUUUUAAAUAUCAGCCUUCCAUCACCACCAGUGCUAAACAAUCAUAGUGCAACACUGAGCGUUUGGUGUAAAGGUCAAUUAUUAAUCAUUAAGGAGCGUGCAUAAAUACAGGCCAUACCCUAACAGUUAUGUGCCCUCUUACUAUUCGUAUACUGUCAUGACCUGAUCCCUCACUGGCGUCGAAACACACAUCGAUAUCAAGACGCACAGCACUCACUCCUCUAACUAAACAAUACCAAACACUCCCAUUUACACACAUGAACCCAUGCACAGGGAAAUGUAUGCUAAUACAUGAUAAUCUGAUAAGUCUAGAAGAGUUAAUGCCUUAUUCUUUGUCCUCUUGUGAAUCACAUCCAAACUUUGCCUCUUGAUUCGUUUUACAAAAAAAAAAGAAAAAAAAGAACUUGUCCUAAUAUUAAAAAAAAAAUAUAUAUAUAUAUAUAUAUAUAUAUGUCAAAGCUGCCUAUGAGAUGCUGAGACAUUUUGGCUAGACACUGAAAUUAAACUGUGAGUGUGCGUCUGUGUCACUAUUCCACAUACACUGGAACAGAGGUUUGUGUUAUUCAGUGGUUUAAAAAAAAAUAUUUUUUGCCAAAAAUGCUGUUAAAAAAAAAAAAAAAAGAAGAUAAAAGGAAGAGGUAGUCUGGAGGGGAGAUGUCUGUCCCAUGAUCCACCUUAAAGGGGAGGGUCUUUUUUGUCAGGGCUGCUCCCUCAGCCUUUCCUCUCCUUUAACAACAGCGGAGUAGGUGUGCUUCAGUGGGAGAGCCGCGUGUGUAUGUGACUCUGUAGUCCUUAGUCUGGUGCUCUGUGACAAAUGUGUGGAAAAAAAAAAAAUGAAUAAAGAAAAGAAAAAAAGAAAAGUAAUCCAUCAAAAGGUGAAACUGAAUUUAACAUUAAAUGAGGUUUAAAAAAAAAAAAAAAGAAUUAAAAUAUAGGAACACAGUACUGCUGAUAAUCAUGAGUAUGAGGUCUGACAUCACAGUGGGAGUUUCUUUAGUUUGUUUGUUGGAUUGUGUGUGUGUGUGUGUGUGUGUGUGUGUGGAGCUAACAUCACUGGCUCUUUGGACACUGGUCUAUGUUGCUCCAUUCUUUUGUACAGAAGAAAAAAAAAGUUAAGGGAAACAUUUGUAAAAUAUUGUGUCUGUGACUCCUUGUAAAAUAUUUUCAAAUUGUUUAUUACAGAGAAUCGGUUAUUAAAUAAUGUUCAUAUUUUUCACUUCA